UCUUCUCUCCUCUCUGCAGGUGGUACAUGCCAGAGCCCUGCUCUCCCAGCCCUGGUCCGUCCACCAGCCCCUCCUUUGCAGCCAUCGCUGGAUAUUAAACCGUUUCUUCCUUUUUCCCUUGACACUGCAGCUGCAGUCAACCUUUUUCCCAAUUUUAAUGCGAUGGACCCAAUUCAGAAAGCUGUAAUAAAUCAUACAUUCGGAGUUCCUCUUCCUCAUCGAAGAAAGCAAAUCAUAUCAUGCAACAUUUGCCAGUUGAGAUUUAAUUCCGAUAGCCAGGCUGCGGCCCACUACAAAGGCACGAAACAUGCCAAGAAGCUCAAAGCACUGGAAGCCAUGAAAACUAAGCAGAAAUCUGUAACUGCCAAGGACAGCGCAAAGACUACCUUCACCUCCAUCACUACCAAUACCAUCAAUACCAGCUCUGACAAAACAGAUAGUACCACAGGGCCACCAGCAAUAUCAACAACAACUGUGGAGGUUCGCAAAAGCAGUGUUACGACAACAGAGAUCACCUCCAAAGUGGAAAAAAGCCCCACGACAGCCACUGGCAAUAGCUCAUGUCCUUCCGCAGAGACUGAGGAAGAAAAGGCAAAACGGCUUCUUUACUGUUCUCUAUGCAAGGUUGCUGUCAACUCAGCCUCACAGCUGGAGGCACACAACAGUGGUACUAAGCACAAAACCAUGCUAGAAGCCCGGAAUGGAAGUGGGACCAUCAAAGCAUUUCCUAGGGCAGGAGUGAAAGGCAAAGGACCUGUUAACAAGGGAAACACAGGCCUGCAAAACAAAACGUUUCACUGUGAAAUCUGCGAUGUGCAUGUCAACUCGGAAACACAACUUAAACAGCACAUCAGCAGUAGAAGGCACAAAGACAGAGCUGCUGGGAAGCCCCCGAAACCUAAAUACAGUCCUUACAACAAACUACAGAAAGGAGCACAUCCACUGGGGGUAAAAUUAGUAUUUUCAAAAGAACCUUCAAAGCCAUUGGCUCCACGAAUUUUACCAAAUCCGCUGGCAGCUGCAGCCGCUGCUGCGGCUGUGGCAGUGACUUCCCCCUUCAGUCUUCGAACUGCUCCAGCAGCCACACUGUUCCAGACUUCUGCACUUCCUCCGGCACUCCUGCGGCCAGCUCCUGGACCCAUUCGGACCGCCCACACUCCUGUGCUGUUUGCUCCUUACUGAAUUCCAAAUGGGAGUAAUUGUACUGCAAUAAUUUUUUUCAAAAAAAAAAACAGAAAACAAAACAAAAGAGAACUAUGCAGUGUUUAUUUAUAGUUUAAAGUAUAUCU